AUGUCCACUCUCAAUGUUGCACGAUGCUACUAUGAUGUGAAGGAUCGACCUGAAUAUCCUCAUCUCUUUCAAGAUGUAUCAACUCAAUACCACAACACUACAAUGCAAAAUUUUAACCUCAAUCUUUGUGUGAAUUUCAUACAACGUUGUUCAGAAGGCACUUGUCAUAUAAUCAGUCAUCCACUAGUUUCUUCCCAUGUAAUUUCAUGCAGCCAGUUUUUCCAGAAUGGUUCGAGAUUUUUACGUCGUAAUAUUUAUCAUCACUUUCUCGAUCUUCAAGUACUUGAUGGAUUGUUUCCCAACGUCAUUCAUCUUGCUCGACAAUGGUUCAACAAUGAUCAACCUUGUCCUUCUAUUUUUGAAGAUGGUUUCAUUGCUUAUCCUCUGGCUAUUGAUAUUAUUGUUGAAUUUCGUGAGAAUGUCGAAGUCAUUCAUGGUCUGGAUCUGGAUCAUAUGGCUGGAGUUAGAAUGAUUCCGACAUGUGAAGAAGCAAUUCAAUCGCUCAACAAAACAAAGUUUGAAGAAGACAGUGUUAAGAAGAAUCAGUGUUCUAUUUGUCUGGAAUAUUUUUGUGAUGGUGUUGAGGUUUCGAUGAUGCCAUGUCACCAUGUUUUUCAUCAUACUUGUAUCGUUCGGUGGCUGAAAACUAGUCAUCUAUGUCCUUUAUGUCGAUAUUCUAUGCCUGUGGGCAAUAAUUCUUAG